GCGCUUCGUUGAGAGCGGACGAGCGCCGAUUGAGCUCUCGAGUUCCGAGGUCUAGGAGCCUCCAUCCAGCGGUGUAAGGGCGCCGUGGACUGUGAGCUGAUUAGUCUUGGAGAAGUAGAGAGAGUUACUACGGCUGGAGGAGUGAGUGACUCGCCGUCAGUGGAACUCCACAGCAUUCAGAGCUGUUGUGAUUGGAUCACGCCCACUAGGAACUCAGAAGGGAGGAGAUGCAUCCUGAUCCUUGAGUGUGGUCUAGGUGAAGGAGUGCUCGAGGGCACGACGUGUGCAGUGACGACUGGACGAGCCAACGCCCAGGAACUUCACCCAGGGAAUGAGCACGGAGCUGACGAGGAUCUUCACGACGCCUAUGGAACGUUGAGGAACGACGUGAGGAACGGAGUAUCCAGCGAACGGCGACUGGAGCCUAUAGGCGUCUGAGGACAGGAUAUGUUAAGUUGGUUUCGACCACUUCCAAGUUCUUCGAGCGAUUGGGAAGGGCAGUUUCGGAAAGGUGUGCAUCGUGCAGAAGCAGGACACCAAGCAGAUGUUCGCGAUGAAAUACAUGAACAAGAGCCAGUGUGAGGCGCGAGACGCUCUCAGCAACGUCUUCAGGGAGAUAGAGAUCUUGGCGUCGCUCAAGCAUCCCUUCCUCGUCAACCUGUGGUUCAGCUUCCAAGACUCUGAGGACAUGUUCAUGGUGGUGGACCUGCUGCUGGGGGGAGACCUCCGCUACCACGUCCAGCAGGGCGUCCAGUUCCCAGACCAGGCCGUCAGACUCUUCAUCCUGGAAGUGGGGUCUGCUCUCUCCUACCUACACGCCCGGAACAUCAUCCAUAGGGACAUCAAGCCUGAUAACCUGCUUCUAGACGAGGAAGGUCAGUAUUGCUUAUUCACACAUGUUCUGAUCUCAUCACUGUAGCUCUUGGGCCCGCCUUUAUGAAGUGUCAGCCAAUGACACAGACAGAAUAAAGCUGUCUGACUCUCUCUC